AUGUCAGACGGCUGGCAGAGCAUGACAAUGCGCUCUACACAUAGCACAAUCAAUUGCUACUGCUACGUGCUUUCGGAAUGUGGUUCAUGGACAUAUCAAAGCGAUGUGGUAAACUUCCUGGUCGACAAAGACGAGAUCGACCUCGGUGACUUCUACGACAAUCAGGAGUGGUUGCUGAUGGACGCGCGACUACGCAAUGGUACCACUCGAAUGCAGGAGAACUCCAACGAGAGCGUAGCUAUGGUAUCAAUGAGACUGAGUCUCAAACGACAGAGCUUCUACUAUGUUUUCAAUUUGGUCUUUCCCACUACAUUGGUUUCACUGGUAGCCGUCAUUGGAUUCCAUGCUCCCAUCAAUGCAACGGGGAGGCGAGAAAGCAAAUUCAGGCUAGAGCCGAACUUCCAGGAGUGGUUGCUGAUGGACGCGCGACUACGCAAUGGUACCACUCGAAUGCAGGAGAACUCCAACGAGAGCGUAGCUAUGGUAUCAAUGAGACUGAGUCUCAAACGACAGAGCUUCUACUAUGUUUUCAAUUUGGUCUUUCCCACUACAUUGGUUUCACUGGUAGCCGUCAUUGGAUUCCAUGCUCCCAUCAAUGCAACGGGGAGGCGAGAAAGCAAAUUCAGGCUAGGAAUAAUGACACUGCUGUCAAUGUCCGUUAUGUUGCUGAUGUUGGUGGGCGAAAUGAAGUUUGCUAUGGAAAGCGUGCCGGGUCAGCGAGGGUCAUUCAGUGAUGUGCCCUUACUUGGAAUAUACUACAUGAGCUUGAUCUUCAUCAUUAGCAUAGCAACAUGCACAUCGAGUAUUUUCGUUCAUUUGGAAAAGUAUGCGCUCCGAAAUCCAACUUGGCAGUGCUCCUGGAUUUCUUGCAAGAUCUCUCUUUCGGAAAUGUUUUGA